AUUCUCUCUUAUUCCCUCACUUUUUCAUCUUAUUCUCUACUAUUUAGUUCAAAAAAUAGAUCGCCAAAUUGGUGAAAUUUUAUGUAUUUAGGGUAAUUACCCCUAGAUAUCUCUAGUAAUUCUAAAAAAAAAUUAUAUAAUCUGCUUGCACGAGCCGAAUGCGAUCUUUUGAAAUAUUUUGUCCCCAGCGUCUCUUACAACUUGGAGUACUAUGGUUAAUUUAUUACUCUUCUAUGUUACAUUCUACGUUUCAUUAAUUAAACAUGCAUGAGUAGAAUUUUAGUGGAAUAUCAAUCAAUUAAUAUACAAUAUUCCACUGAAAUUCAUGCCUUGUAUAUAGAUCGUAUAUAUCCAAUAUACGUGAUAUGUAUCGAUAAUAAAGAAAUAUAGUUGAUGUAACACAAAAUAUAAUAUGAAAACUCACAUGCCUUAUCUUCCAUCCAGACAUGCACUAAUGUAGAAUCUUUAAUCCACAUCGAAGUUUUGAGCACAAAUUCCCCAUCCCAUCUCCACUAAAGCCGAUUCCUCUCUCUCUCUAUAAAACUAAUGCCAGCACAAACACUUGUUAAGUAGCAUAACACUAAGUUUUGAUUUGAGUAGAAAGCAAGUAAAGAAUGUCUCUACUGCCCAUGUUGAAGAGCAACACAAGAAGCCAUCUCCACCAUCCAUUCAGCAUGGAUAUGUGGGAUUCCUUCCACCACCAUCACGAAGCUAUCUUAGCACAAGCUGGAGGGAAGCUGGAAUGGAGUGAAACCCCCGAAGCCCACGUGCUCAGGGCUCACCUUUCUGGCUUCAACAAAGAGGAAGUGAAGGUGAAGGUGAAAGAGGCCAGAUUCUUGAAAAUUACAGGAAAGAAGAAAGUCGAGAAAGAAGAGAAACACGAGAAUUGGCACCAUGUUGAGCGCAGUAAAGGAAAAUUCUCUAGGGUUUUUACUCUACCAGAGAAUUCCAGAGCCGAUCGCGUCAAAUCGCACUUUGAUAAUUCCAUUCUUACUGUUACGGUUCCUAAAAGGGAUGCUAAGAAUUCUCAUGUUGUCAGGGAGUUUGAAGUUAAGGGUUGAGAUUGUUUCUCAUAUUAUACCUAAAAGUGUGUGUUUUGUAUUAUGUCAUAAUUUUGUCGACAGUGUGUGGUAUAAAUUUUUUUGUUAA